AUGGAGCGCUGCCCCAGCCUGGGGGUCACCCUCUACGCCCUGGUGGUGGUCCUGGGGCUGCGGGCGGCACCGGCCGGCGGCCAGCACUAUCUCCACAUCCGCCCGGCGCCCAGCGACAACCUGCCCCUGGUGGACCUCAUCGAACACCCGGACCCUAUCUUUGACCCCAAGGAGAAGGAUCUGAACGAGACGCUGCUGCGCUCGCUGCUCGGGGGCCACUACGACCCGGGCUUCAUGGCCACCUCGCCCCCGGAGGACCGGCCCGGCGGGGGCGGGGGGGCGGCUGGGGGCGCCGAGGACCUGGCGGAGCUGGACCAGCUGCUGCGGCAGCGGCCGUCGGGGGCCAUGCCGAGCGAGAUCAAAGGGCUGGAGUUCUCCGAGGGCUUGGCCCAGGGCAAGAAGCAGCGCUUGAGCAAGAAGCUGCGGAGAAAGUUACAGAUGUGGCUGUGGUCGCAGACCUUCUGCCCCGUGCUGUACGCGUGGAACGACCUGGGCAGCCGCUUUUGGCCGCGCUACGUGAAGGUGGGCAGCUGCUUCAGCAAGCGCUCGUGCUCCGUGCCCGAGGGCAUGGUGUGCAAGCCGUCCAAGUCCGUGCACCUCACGGUGCUGCGGUGGCGCUGUCAGCGGCGCGGGGGCCAGCGCUGCGGCUGGAUUCCCAUCCAGUACCCCAUCAUUUCCGAGUGCAAGUGCUCGUGCUAG